UUACGACGGUCCCUAAACCACCCGAGCGCCAGAAAACAGAAUCUUGCCUUCUGUUCGACCCUGUUAAGGGAAGAGUUCGACUAUCGGUAAAAACAAAAGGUGUAUUUUGCUCUCUACCGUCAUCUGAUUCUAGAUAUUACCUUAGGACGUUCCGUUGGACAGCUAUUGACGAGCGAACUCUGAAUAUCUAAAGUAGCCUAAACUAAUUUACUGGGGUGAUUUUGGUUGGAGUAACUCUCUCGCUUUAUUACCUUGUCGCGCAGGUGAAAAUCUGUUGUAGGAAGCAUUUACGAAACGAAACUAUGCCGCGUCUUUUUUGUCGGUAAUUAAAAAAAUAUAUAUAUAUAUACAAAUGUAAACUCUUGCUCUUUAUGGAAUAUAACCACUCGGAAGAAAACUCGGUGGAGAACCACGAUCACCCUUCGAAUGCCGCCUUGGCUCUAGUGAGCCACCAUGCCCAGCAGCAUCACAGGGAGCCCCAGACCCUGGUCAGCACCAGGGGGCCAGGUCGGCCUCAUACCUGUGGAACCCAACCAUCUCCUCUACCGGAGCAGCAGCAGCACCAGCCAGGAGUCCUGCUAUGAGGAGCGAUGUGUGGACCCGGUGGAGUUGAGGCACCAGGGUCCCAGGGGGACCCACCACAAGGCCCACCACGGGGACGUGCAGAGCAAGGCGGCUGAUGAGACCAUCGGCUUCAUCCCCGGAUCAGCAGACUCUCCUCCAGGGGAUCACUGGUGUGGUCCUUGUGCCCCCUCCUCCCCAGGCAGCUGUAAGAACUGGGUGUGCAGCGUGCUGACCUGUGGACUCUACAUGGUGUGUCGGCGCACCAUCCUGGCCCCCAGUCCCACAGGGAGGUCCCCAGAUGACGAUCAGGAGAAGGUCAACCUCCGGGGUCUCCAGAGCCACCCUGGGGCCAACGAUCCCCAAACCAGGAAGGAGGGCGGGGGUAGUGGCCCUGAUUGGUCGGAGGACAUCUACAUCAGAGGGGUCAAAGUGGAUAUUCCCAGAAUGGAGGAGGAGCCAGUGGUCAUUACCAGGCCUCUGUUACACAAUGGAAGAGGUGGAGGAGGGAGACGGUACAGCCCUCCAUCCUACUCCUGGUAUGAGGGGGAUACGGGUGAUCUGAGCAUGGGUGACGUGGACUCUCUGAUCACCCAGAAGCUUCUGGAGCUGUACUCUGAGUACCAGAUCGAGGAGCUGGCCCACUGCACCUCAGACUCAGUGUUCCUGAAGAAGACCGGUGAGAUCAGCCAGCUGAUCAGUGACCUGGCCGAGGAGCAUCAGCUUGAUGAGCAGGACGCAGAAGGUCGACUGGUCAAGGGCAUCAUCAGGAUCAGCACUAGGAAGAGCAAGAAGAGACCUCCAUACCGAAGGUCACAGAGGAGUACCUCCGACAGCGGAAACGAAACUAUGAGCAACUACCAAACAUCAACCAUCAGCAAUAACAAUGAUUAUGAUAUCCAGAUCUCCAAGGAGACAGAUUCUGAUAUGAACGCUAGGAACAUGAGGAUGACCAGUGGAGCAGCAGAAAGUUCUGAACGUCAGAUGUCUGUGUUCGGCAUGCCCCUGCCCAGGACUUCAGUCAGAACAUGAUGAUCCAUCUUCAACACUGCUGAUACCAUGGAGCUUACUCACCAGUCUCCAGCUGAAGAGGUUGGGAGCCAUACAGAUACACGUAUUGUAAGGUCUAUUUAAUUCUGUGUUGGGAACUUUAAGGAGCCUGAGAAUUAGCACUAUGUUAAAUGAAGUGGGAGGAGUAUUAUGCGUAUGCAAACUCCGUCCGAAGACCACGACUUUACUUUGAAGGCGAUACUAUGAAUCGUGUUAUCUGUAUAUUGAAGGAUUCUAAUGUAACCAGGGUCGUGAAUGUAUCUUUGAUUCUGGCGUAUUGCUCCCUUGUUUGGGGGUUGGUCUGUCUCAUAGGAAAGUCACUGUAGAUUUACUUCCCAAACCCGAACAGCAGCUUCCCCUGUUUUGUUGUUCCUCUUCAUGCCCUCAAUUACAUCCGUGGUGGUGUGUGUUACUUUACCCUUGAAUAACAACCAGCUCUUUUGAUAUGAAACUCGACUCUCCACUGCUGCCAGAUCUUCAACACUAACACAAGAAUCAGUUUCAAGGUAGUGUACUCACAUCCAGGGACUUGCAGGGUCAAGUAAACUGACCCGAGGAAGAUAGAUAACCGCACACUUGAUUGGUCAACGGUUUAAUAGUGCAACAUGUAGACACCAAGAACUAAUCUGGAAUGUACUGGAGGCCAAAAAAACCCACUGGGAACGGAUGAAGAGGGAACACCUCAAAGACUAUGAAUGUUAUUGACGUAUUGGUGACUUUGAAAUACAAGAUGUAGAUGUGCUUUUUGAUGCCAAGAGAAUAUCAUGCUCCUGUACCUAACUAGGUAACAUUUUACUUAACACCCAGUGUCAUAACGUGUUAUGACAGGGUCUUAACUAUGUGGAAACACUUGACAUAACCUGUCAUAAUAUGGUCAUUACACUGUCAUGACCCAUAUGUUUACACCUGUUGUGACAUAUAUUGUAUUAUUUUUAUGGCUGGUUAUAGAAUCAAAACUCACAUUUAUUCAAAAUAGUUUUUUCCCGGCCAAGAAGUGUCCUUCCGUUUUUAAAAGAUCGUUUCUUAAAUCCUCUGUUAUAAUGAAUUCUUUACGGUCAUGUUUUUGAUGUAUUUUAAUUAACUUGUAGAAAAUCUGCUUUUUGACACUGUUGUGAAGCAUUAUGACCGUCAUCCUAUAAGUCACCUAUCACGUACAUGCUGUUAUAUACGUCAUCCUAUAAGUCACCUAUCACGUACAUGCUGUUAUAUACGUCAUCCUAUAAGUCACCUAUCACGUACAUGCUGUUAUAUACGUCAUCCUAUAAGUCACCUAUCACGUACAUGCUGUUAUAUACGUCAUCCUAUAAGUCACCUAUCACGUACAUGCUGUUAUAUACGUCAUCCUAUAAGUCACCUAUCACGUACAUGCUGUUAUAUACGUCAUCCUAUAAGUCACCUAUCACGUACAUGCUGUUAUAUACGUCAUCCUAUAAGUCACCUAUCACGUACAUGCUGUUAUAUACGUCAUCCUAUAAGUCACCUAUCACGUACAUGCUGUUAUAUACGUCAUCCUAUAAGUCACCUAUCACGUACAUGCUGUUAUAUACGUCAUCCUAUAAGUCACCUAUCACGUACAUGCUGUUAUAUACGUCAUCCUAUAAGUCACCUAUCACGUACAUGCUGUUAUAUACGUCAUCCUAUAAGUCACCUAUCGCGUACAUGCUGUUAUAUACGUCAUCCUAUAAGUCACCUAUCACGUACAUGCUGUUAUAUACGUCAUCCUAUAAGUCACCUAUCACGUACAUGCUGUUAUAUACGUCAUCCUAUAAGUCACCUAUCACGUACAUGCUGUUAUAUACGUCAUCCUGUAAGUCACCUAUCACGUACAUGCUGUUAUAUACGUCAUCCUGUAAGUCACCUAUCGCGUACAUGCUGUUAUAUACGUCAUCCUAUAAGUCACCUGUCACGUACAUGCUGUAAUAUACGUCAUCCUAUAAGUCACCUAUCACGUACAUGCUGUUAUAUAAGUCAUCCUAUAAGUCACCUAUCACGUACAUGCUGUUAUAUACGUCAUCAUAUAAGUCACCUAUAUCACAUACAUGCUGUUAUAUACGUCAUCCUGCUCCUGAAAUCUGCAUCUGCGUUCAUCCCAGCCAUCAGCAACAGAGCGUUGGGGUAAGUACAUGCCUGACAUCAAUGUGUGUGCAAUUACAGUGAUCAUUUAACGUGGUCAAUUUCACACACAAAUAUAGAACAUGUCAACAGUGUAAUGGAAUGUUUUGCCUUGUGUGGUAGGUUUUGACACUUAUGUAGGUGUCAUAACCUGCCAUAAAAUAACGCAAUGUGUCAUGACAAGGGAUAUGACCAUAUUAUAAAAGGUUAUGACCUAUUAAAAUGGUUAUGACCAUGUCAUAACAUGUUAUGACGCUGGGUGUGUUAAGUGAAUUGAUACCCAUAACGGUAAUUCUAAUAUGUUUGUAUUGCUUUAAAAUUGGUUAGGGUCCAAAAUCUCUCACGAGCAUGUGGCCUGGAUAAUGAUUAACAUGAUCUCAUUGUAGACGCCAAUGAGUAUAUACUUGAAAUUAAAUUGUAUAAUGUGUGCAUUUCUGUGAUUUUAUAUAAAACAUUUUUUUUAAAGGGAUGCACAAGCAUAAAUGAAGUUGUAAAGGCAUUGAUGCCAUGCUAUUCUUGCACAUUUUGUCUUCUGUUUUAUUGUGGCUGGUAAAAAUGAACUGUGUUGCUCUCUAUGGGGAAAAUUUUAACUUCCACUUAAGUCUAAUUUGAGUUCUGUACAAUGAGACUAAGUGGAUUUAUGUGGAAGUUAGGAUCCGCCUCUCUAAGAGUGUCUAAAUUAAUUAUUUGUUAAUAAAUAAAUAUUUUAAAUGGAAAUCCUCCAGGCAAGAAUGUCUGAACCUGUGACUAGUUCACUUUCCAUUAGCUCACCAGUGGAAGAGUCCCAGUCAUAUGUUUUGUGUGUGUUGUUGACAUUAAGCUCUGUGUAUUUCUGUGUUUUCAUUCUUUCUAAAUAGGCUUUUCCUGCCGCGUUACUGGAAAUGAAUCAGCCAGUUACUCACACACACUACUCUUCCAAACUAUCUACAACUCAGUUCUAUUGUGUGGAUGUUGAUGUAUUGAAAUGGAAGAAUCUCUGACAACAUGCAGACUUACGAACCAAUGAGGGUUCUGUGAUGUGAAAUGUUUAGAAGUUUGCGAAUUGAAAUGAAAAGAUCUAUUCUACAAUGGAUGGCAAGUAUAUAUUUUAUUCUACUUAAAAUAUUUUUGUCUGAA